UUCCUUGCCUGUUUCUCUAGAUAAUUAAACAGUGAUGGAUUAGAAUUAGGCUGCAGCAGAGACUGGGGGAAAAAAAUCUCCCGGCAUCCCUUCCUGCAGAAGCAUCCGCUACAGCAGUGAGUGUAGCUGCCACUUUAACUGACAUGUCUUAAAUUCUGCCCUGGAAAGCCCUGGGAUGCUGUCAGCUGCCUCGGCAACUACUUUGCUUGUGCCUGAGAAUUGAGAGUCUCAUUGGAGACCAAGGAAUAAAAUAGAAAUUGAGGAUUUUUGUUGGCUUUAAAAUUGAGGAUUUUCUCUUCUUUUUGUUGGCUUAAAAAAAAAAAAUCUGAUAGAAGAGAGGGAAAGACAUCUUCAUAGUGGGACUGUAUUCAUUCCUCCAAAGUUACAGCUGCUCUAAAUCUAUCUUCUCACUCAGAUAUGGCAACAAGCAGCCUUCACUUUGCAUCAUGUGAUACACAACAGGCACCCAGACAACGCGGAGCAUCUACUGUGAACAGUUCAUCAUCAACCAAGGUGGAUCUCAAGAGUGGCCUCGAAGAAUGUGCUGUGGCAUUGAACUUAUUUCUAAGCAACAAAUUUACAGAUGCCUUAGAAUUGCUUCGCCCCUGGGCUAAGGAGAGUAUGUACCAUGCUCUGGGCUACAGUACCAUUGUGGUGUUGCAGGCUGUCCUGACCUUCGAGCAACAGGACAUCCAAAAUGGCAUUUCUGCCAUGAAGGACGCUUUACAAACCUGCCAAAAAUACAGGAAAAAAUACACAGUUGUAGAAUCUUUCUCAAGUCUUCUUUCUAGAGGAUCCCUGGAGCAACUGAGUGAAGAGGAAAUGCAUGCUGAAAUCUGUUACGCCGAGUGUCUCCUACAGAAAGCUGCACUCACGUUUGUGCAGGAUGAAAAUAUGAUCAACUUCAUCAAAGGUGGACUCAAAAUUAGAACAAGUUACCAAAUAUAUAAAGAAUGUCUUUCUAUUCUGCAUGAAAUUCAGAAGAACAAACUUCAGCAGGAAUUCUUCUAUGAGUUUGAAGGGGGUGUCAAGCUUGGCACUGGGGCCUUUAAUUUGAUGCUGUCCCUUUUACCAGCAAGGAUUAUCAGACUACUGGAAUUUAUUGGAUUUUCUGGAAAUAGGGAGUUGGGCCUCCUGCAGUUACGCGAAGGUGCCUCAGGAAAAAGCAUGAGGUCUGCACUGUGCUGCUUAACCAUCUUAGCUUUUCAUACUUACAUCUCCCUAAUACUUGGUACAGGAGAAGUGAAUGUUGCCGAAGCAGAGCGUCUCCUGGCACCCUUCCUCCAGCAGUUUCCAAAUGGCUCACUCGUGUUGUUUUAUCAUGCCCGAAUAGAGUUGCUGAAAGGGAAUCUUGAAGAGGCACAAGAAGUAUUUCGAAAAUGUGUUUCAGUUCAAGAAGAAUGGAAACAGUUUCACCAUCUCUGCUACUGGGAGCUAAUGUGGAUUAAUGUUUUCCAACAAAACUGGAUGCAGGCAUAUUACUAUUCAGAUCUGCUUUGCAAAGAGAGUAAAUGGUCCAAGGCAACUUAUGUGUUCUUGAAAGCGGCAAUUUUGAGUAUGCUUCCAGAGGAGGAUGUAGUAGCAACUAAUGAGAAUGUGGUAACUUUAUUCAGACAGGUGGACAGCUUGAAGCAGAGAAUUGCCGGGAAGUCUCUCCCUACUGAGAAGUUUGCUGUGAGGAAGGCUCGGCGUUACUCCGCCUCCUUGCCUGCACCUGUGAAGCUCAUCUUACCUGCCCUGGAAAUGAUGUAUGUCUGGAAUGGUUUUUCAAUAGUGAGCAAAAGAAAAGACCUUUCUGAAAAUCUGUUGGUAACUGUUGAAAAAGCUGAGGCAGCUUUACAAAGUCAAAAUUUUAACAGCUUCUCUGUGGAUGACGAGUGCUUAGUGAAGUUACUUAAAGGAUGUUGCCUCAAGAACUUACAGCGGCCCUUGCAAGCUGAACUAUGUUACAAUCAUGUUGUGGAAAGUGAAAAGCUACUGAAGUAUGACCACUACCUAGUGCCGUUCACUUUGUUUGAAUUGGCAUCUUUGUAUAAAAGCCAGGGGGAAAUUGACAAGGCCAUAAAGUUCCUAGAAACUGCAAGGAACAACUACAAAGAUUACUCCUUGGAGUCCAGACUACACUUCAGAAUUCAGGCAGCUCUUCACCUCUGGAGAAAACCUUCCUCAGACUGAUCAGAACUUGAAGGAUGGAAUUUUCCCUCAAUUAGCAUCGGCAAUCUGCUAUAGAUUCAACCUUAUGUUAAAGUGGAAAAGUGAUAUUGUGAAUAAGAGACAAAAAACUAAUUUUAUUGUCAAUAUUUUCUAUCAUCUGAGAGAUUUGCUGUUGGUCUACAUAAUUUUUUUUCCUAUGGAAUGGCAUUCUAUAUUAUCUAGACAAUUCUUAUAUUUUGCCUCCCCCAAAAGAAUUUCAUAUUAGAUUUGAAUUGGGGGGUGAAGAAGUCUUUUGAAAGACUUGCAGAUGCAAUAGUCUAAUUAGAUUAUUUAUUUUUUUAAUGUGAAAAUUGAUAUUGUUUAGCAAAUAGCUUAUAAGUUGAGCCAAUUUUAGAUUUGUGGGUAGUUAAACUUUUGAGAUAUUUUGUUGCCUAGUAUUUAAAUUUCAGAAGAUAAAUAAAUAUCACUUACAUUUAAAAUAACUUAGCAGUGACCUUCAGAAGACGUCUGAAAAAGACAGUCUGAGAACAUGAACACGGAUGGGAUGUAAUGUACUUCGUGGGUUGAAGAGAGCCGUAUCUAUAAAGGAUGAUCCAGUAUUCAGUUCAUGGUUUUUUACUCUUCAUUUGAUUAAAGGUGGUGACAUUUUGGAGAGACUGAUUUUGAAUGUACUUAAGUCUAUUAUAAUAACAAAAUUCAAAAACCCCUGUGUAUCUAAUGGGAAGAAAGUGUCAUAUUUUAGGAAUUUUUCUUAACCUUAGCAAUGAGAGCCUGAAAUACAUACAUAGAUUAUUUUUCUUCUAGGAAGUAAAGUUCCUGCUGCUUUAAAUGAUAUGUAAAAUAUCAAUAAUUUUUACACUUAAGAUGUUGGUAAGACCUAGUUUUCUAACCUCUCCAGCACUGUGAUGUUUCCUUGUAGAUAUCUGGACCUUGCUUAGUCCCUUAGUUGGGAAACAGAAUCAGGGCAUGGAGCAGAAAAGAACUGGACACCCCGAAUGGUCCUGGUUCUGCUACCUGUUAGCGGUUAGUGAGGGGACCUUUGGGGAGUCUGCCGUGCCCUGUGUGUCACCAUAUUUUCUUCUUCUGUGAAAUCUGUAUUAAAGAACAGAUGACUUUUCAAGGUCUCUUUCAGUUUUGUAACUGGGAGUCUAUGUAUUAGGUAUUUAUUUUCAACAAAUGACUUUAAAAUGUUGCAUGCGAACCAUUCCCACUUGGAGUGUUUUAUUUUUCAGUCAUCACCAUUGUCCCCCACUCCCCACACGUAUGUGUUGUGGCAUCCAGAGUGAGGAAAGACAGUUCAUGAGUCGAUGAAUCUGGGCCUUAUUUCUGUUUCCAUUUUGAGGAGUAACUUGUCACAGAAGCCUCUGCAGUUGAACAGAAGGAGCCACAUAUUGGGAGUCAGGAGUUCAUCUCUGUGGGUUAAUAGUUCCAUGACACGGAGUAAGUAGCUCAGCUUUUCGUGGUUCAGUUGCCGCAGUGUGGAUAGCGGCAUAGUGUUUGGUACUUGUGAGGGCUUAAUUAGAUAAAACAUGUGAUAGCUUUUUGUUAACUGUAAAAGGCUAUACAAAAGUAUGAGUUAUUAUAAUAAUUAUGGUUUUUUAUGCCUGGAUUACAGUAUCGGCACAAAAGUAUUGGCUGAUACUGUGGUCUGUGUUGUAAAAUGAAAGAGGCGUAGAAAUUCAAAUACUUUUCUGUGUAUUCAUGUGUUUGAUGUUGACAGUAGGCUACCCAGGUUAGAUGAACUUGCUCCUGCGGUUCCCUGCCACAUGGACCUGUAUCAAGUAGUUUCCCGGCCACAUGGACAUGUAUCAACCAGUGUGUGGCUUGUUUUCUUCAAGGUACCAAUUCUUGACUGACACUGAGGAUGUGUAUCCAAUGAAAGAUGAUUAAUAGAACUCAAGUCAGAGUACCACCCCUUCAGAUACUAUGGUGGUAGAUAUCAAUGUGUUAUUAAUAAUACAACUUUAGGUACAGACAAAAUAGAAAAUAAAAUUGACUGUCAUUAUAAUUAGUAGUGGAAAAUACAUUAAAAAUUAUUUGUGUAUAGCUUUGGAAAAAGUUUAUAAAGUUCUUAGAAGAGCUUUGGUAACAUUAUUUUUGAAAGCAUACACCUACAUUGUGACUGUGGGUAUACUGAGCAUAUAUUCUUACAUUGUUACUGGGAGAAGCUGCAAGUCAGUGCUGCAAGUCAGUAAAAAAAAUUCUCUUGGGUAUAAAAUGAAAGAAUUUUAAGCUUAGAGUGGCCAUUUUUAUUUUAACUCUGCAUUACUAAAAAAUAUAAAAGAAAUUCAUCUCCAUAUAAAAAUCUUUUUUGUUAUUUAUAUUUUGUUUUAUUUUUAUUUCCUAUUCUUUAUGGAGAGUAUAUCCAGUGGAUCUUUUAGUACUGUAAUAUCAAAAUGCUACAAAUAUUUGUGUUUCCUGCUAUGUUCAAGAUAUUGUAGUGACACCAACUUCUUGUGGCAUCAGCUAAUACUGCAUUUUGGAGUUAUUAGGGUGUUCUGUGAAGAAUGAAUACUGAAGUGACAGUUUUAUCUAGUUUUUUCAGGGGCAUUUAUGAUGGGGUUGGGUUGCCCAUUGUGUCUGACAGUGCAGUUCCUGUACUUCCUGGCAUAAUUGCCUUUUUUUUUCCCUUAAUGGAGAGGCAGGGUUCUGAUUGGUGCUGUAUAAAUUUAAGUAACAUUGUGCUUUGUAGGAAUGGUGAUGAGGAAGGCAUGAUUUCCCCUUGACAAUGAAUGAAAGGUGAACUGCAUCAGCUCUUAUCUGGACAUAUAUGUUAAUGUUUUCUGUGCUCCUUGAUACAAGAAGUUUCCAAGUUAUAUAGGAAAAUUAAGUCCAUUGAUCCUGUCUUUGUCCUCAGAAGGCAGAGAUGAGACAAGUGGAUAAAAGCUGUAGGAAGCUGAAUUCCAGAUUAAUCAGUGCCAAGGAAGAUUUUUCAUUAUCGGAAAACCCAACAGUCUAAAAUCAACGACCAGUUCUUCUGCAAAGGGGUGAGUUUAAGCAGGGCUAAUGUGACUGCCAUUUCUGCCUGUCCUAGAAGCUUAGACUAGUUGAACUUUGAGGUCAUUCUAUGAUUCUUCUAUUAGGGCUUCAAAUCAGUAUCGAGUGUGUGAAGAAAAAGUGCUCCCCCCACCAUUUCAAAUAAAAGUGAAUGUUUUCUCUUUCAAAGCUACUAUUAGAGGUAGUUGUGAUAGAUACUAACAAUCCCUGGUGUUAAUACUUAUGAUUCCACUCCUUUAUUUUAUUUUACUUUAAUUUUAAUUUUAAUUUUAUUUUAUUUUGAUGGAGUCUUGCUCUGUCACCCAGGCUGGAGUGCAGUGGCACAAUCUCAGCUCACUGCAAACUCUGCCUCCCGAGUUCAGGCCAUUCUCCUGCCCAGCCUGUAGCUUAGCUUAGCCAGGAUGGCCUCGAUCUCCUGACUUCAUGAUCCACUCCUUUUUAAAGUGAGUCUAGUCUGUCGAUCUUCAUAAAUAGAAGGGUUUUUCCCCCAGCUUGGACAUUAAAAAUAAUUUUUAAAAAGGUCUUUGUGGCCAACUGGAAAAUCUUCUGGAAUUAUCUAAUGCUUCAUUCAUUUCCCCCCCCCUGUAUUUCUGCUUUUUUUUUUCUUCCUAUUUAUACUCUCCAUACUUAGAAAUCUGAAAUUCAAAUACAUUUAGUUAAAACGAGUUAAUGAAGACUCCAGUGAUGUUUUAAUACCCUAAGAUUUUGUGAUUCCUCGGGCCUGGAAUGGAUCUUAGAAAAUUACCUCGUCCUCAUGAGCCUGUAAGCCGUAUUGUUUUCCCUCAGCCUUGCUCUGCCCAAUACAGUAGCCCCUUGCCAUCCGUGGCUGCGGAGCACCCGGAAUGGCUUACAGCCCAUGUGGGAAUGGUGCUGAAUGCUAACAGAGCAUUCACUCAUACGUGCUGCAUUUCUUAAAGGCCUCCCAAUAGCCUGCUUUCGGGAAUUCUGGCUUUUACUUGCUGUCUACUAUGAUCACCUGAUUUGUGCUUCACAUACAAAUCUGUGAAGUUUGCUUUUUCUAUUUAAGUGCCCUUAUACUUUCGUUUCAUCAUGUUUAUCUGCAGAUAAUCAGUGUCAUUGGCAUAUUUGAACAUUAUUCUGCCCUCCCUCCGCCAAACUCCUUAUGUACUAGAAUAAGAAAUUUUAUUUUUGAGAUUAUGAUUUUAAUUUGAUUUUACAGACAUUCUUUACUUUUUUACAAAGUACAGUUGUUAGAGUCAUAGAAGAGUGAUUCACAACUUUGAGAAGAUAGAUUUCAUGAUUAAUAUUUUUUUUUGGAGACAGAGUUUCGCUCUUGUUGCCCAGGCUGGAGUGCAAUUGUGCGAUCUCGGCUCACUGCAACCUCCGCCUUCUGGGUUCAAGCAAUUCUCCUGCCCCAGCCUCCCAAGUAGCUGGGAUUACAGGCAUGUGCCACCAUGCCCAGCUAAUUUUGUAUAUUUAGUAGAGAUGGCGUUUCUCCAUGUUGGUCAGUCUGGUCUCGAAUUCCCGACUUCAGGUGAUCUGCCCGCCUCGGCCUCCCAAAGUGCUGGGAUUACAGGUGUGAGCCAUCGUGCCUGGCCCAAUAUUUUCUAAGAUAAAAUUAUUCUGAGAAAUCUAGUGAAACCUUUUCAAUUGCUUUAUUAUUAAUGUUUCAACAUUGACUCUGUCAACUAGGCGAAUAUUACUAUUUAAAGGUUUUUAGAGGCUGGCCAUGGUGACUCAUGCCUGUAAUCCCAACACUUGGGAAGCCAAAGUGGGAGGAUCACUUGGGACCAGGGGUUUGACGCCAACCUGGGCAAUAUAGUGAGACCCUGUCUUUACCAAAAGAAAAAAAAAUUAGCUGUACAUGAUGGAGUACACUAGUAGUACUACCUACUGGGGAAACUUAGGUGGGAUAAUCACUUGAGCCCAGGAGUUUGAGGCUACAGUGAGCUAAGAUCAUGCCACUGCACUCCACCCCAGGUGACAGAGUGAGACCCUAUCUCAAAAAGAAGAAAAAAGGAAAAAAAAAAAAUAUAUAUAUAUAUAUAUAAAAUAAAGGUUUGUAGAUACAUGUUACCCACUUAGAGAAUAAUUUAUUUUUGAAUGUGUAUGAUACCUAAGUGAUAUGCAUAUAUAUAAUUAAGACAUUUUUAAUCUCUUUAGAUAUUUCUUCAUAAGAUACAUGUAUCUAUAGAUAGCUAUAUACAGAACAACUUACAAAUAAUAAAUAGACAUUGUUUCAUACAGUUUUUUCCAAAGAAAUGCAGGAUUUUUCUCCAAAUCCUCCCUCCCCGAGUCCCGUUACUUACAUAUUUUUGUCUUUAAGUGUUAGAUUACUUGUUUCUGCUGCCUACUGUUGGUAGUUUUGUCUUUUAUACAUUUGCUGUUAGAUUUAGUUACUUUGAAAUGUUGAACUUGAAAUGUAAUGAAAAGGGCACAUGAGAAUUCAUCAUCAGGGAAGAUAUCUUUUAUGUUGAGCAGUUGCUAUCUGAUCUUGACAGACUCUCCUCUUAGAGGACUGUUGAAGUCCAUUCUAGUCAUUUUGUAACUUAAUAAUUGCAGAAAGAAAUGAUGCAAGGACUGUUUAGUGGACUGAGAUGGCUGAGCAGGUUGUUGGCCUGAAUUAUUGAGAGGAGAUAGGUGGAUCUAGCUUCAGAGGAAGUCUAUGCCCCAUUCCCUUCUGCAUACAAUGUACCCAUGACAUGUGUUUAGCAUAGUAAUACUGUAACAGGACAUUGCAUGGAGAAAUCAAAGCAGCUGGCUUACUGUAUUUAACUAAAAAGAAUGCCUACAGAUUGGAUAUUUAAUAGGGAAAAUCAGGGCACUUUAAUAACAAAUUUCAUUAUGUAAAACUUGUUGAAUAUUAACAUACGAUACACCUUGUAUGUUAAUGCCAUAGUUUUUAGAAACACUAAUUUAAACAACAAAUUUAAGAGAUGCUGGCAUAUCCCAGUGACACCUUCAGUUUUAUUGCUGAUUAAUAUUUUCUAGUAAAUUAGUUUUAAUUAUUGGUAGUCUGUUGGGCACCAUUUGGGAAAGAAAUAAAUUGGUCUCAGUGUAGCAGACUUAUAGCCAAAAAAUUUGAAAAAAGAAUGAGUAUAAGAAAGAAUAUUACUUAUUUCAUUUUUAAAGGAAUUGUAUUAUUGUGAAGUGCUGCAUGGUUGAUAUAGUUUGGUUGUGUGUCUACUCAAAUCUCUUAUUGAAUUGUAGUUCCCAUAAUCCCCAUGUGUCCUGGGAGGGACCCGGCGGCAGGUGACUGAAUCAUGGGAGCAGUUUCCCCCAUGCUGUUCUCAUGAUAGUGAGUUCUCACAAGAUUUGAUGGUUUUAUAAGGGGCUUUACCCCCUUUGCUCAGCACUUCUCUUUCCUACCACCCUGUGAAGAAGAAGGUGCCUUUCUUCUCCUUUGCCUUCCAUCAUUAUUGUAAGUUUCCUGAGGCCUUCCCAGCCAUGCAGAAUUGUGAGUCAGUUAUACCUCUUUUUUAAAUAAACUAUCCAGUCUCAGAUAUUUCUUCAUAACAGUGUGAGAAUGGACGAAUACAAUGGUCUUACUCAAUUUGAAGGUAUGACACUCUUUGCCUUGGAAAUCAUGUAGACAUUUUAAGUCAUUCCUAUUUUUAAUGUAGACAAACGUCCAGGUAGCAAUUUUGGGGAUAAUAAAUGAGUUCAGCUUUUUUUUUUUUUCCCUUGAGACAGAGUUCACUCUUGUUACCAAGGCUGGAGUUUAAUGGCAUGAUCUUGGCUCACUGCAACCUCUGCUUCCUGGGUUCAAGCAAUUCUCCUGUCUCAGCCUCCCAAGUAGCUGGGAUUACAGGCAUGUGCCACCACACCUGGCUAAUUUUUGUAUUUUUAGUAGAGACAGGGUUUCUCCAUGUUGGUCAGGCUGGUCUCGAAUUCCUGACCUCAGGUGAUCCACCUGCCUCAGCCUCCCAAAGUGCUGGGAUUACAGGCGUGAGCCAUCACGCCUGGCCAAGUUCAGCUUUUAUUCACAUUUUUUCCCCAAAGUGAUGUAUUCUUGAAAGUAGACAGUUACUUUCUAUAGAGUGAUUUGUUUUUUCUUUAAGAAAAUAAUUUACAUAAACAGAGAUUAUGGUAAACAUUUUGAAUCUUAGGCUGUUGGUUAAAUUUAAUGGCUUAUGCACUCUUGAGUUCUCUUUAUUAAUAUUUGCAGAAGGAGAACAUAUGUGUUUCACUGAUAUGUAUGGUCCAGAAAAAUUACUUAAUUCUCAAAAAUAUGUUACAUUGUCAUAUUGUGUUAGGGAAUAUUCCAUAAGUAGUCUGUUUCUUUUUUUUUUCUUUUGCUGACUGUUGACAUCCAAACACCUGAAUGAAAACUGACUCAUUUAUGUAUUGGUGUCUAAAAAUAUUGAUUUGCAGAUGUUCAUAGAACACUUGCAUUUUUUGAUUCAAGUUGCUAAAUCAAAUGUAAAGGCAAAUAUGUAUAUUUAAUAAGUGAGAAGUAUUUUCUUAUUACUGAAAUUUAUUCUCAAAGCAAAUGUAUUUUGUAGAUGUUUCAUUUGGGAGAUUUUGCUUUGCCUUAAAACAUACAAAAUAAACCUGUCUUGUGGUCUGCCCACCUAAAAACCUCUGUUAACUUCACAUGUAGAAGGAGUUCAGAAUUCUUUGAUAAUAUGUGGAUUUCACUUUCAUUUGUAUUAAACAAAAAUAAAAUUAGAGGCCAUAGCACUUUGUAAACGAAUGUGAAGUUUCUCGUUGAAUCAUCAAAGCUACCUGUAUGUACUUUAUAAUUUAAUGUUCUGUUAGUAAAAAUUGUCAGCAUUUUAUCUUUUUCUCUUCUCAUUACAUUUUAGUCUCCUAUCUUUCCCAUUCUCAGCGGUCACAGUUUUGCAGAGCAAAACAUUUUUAGAAACUGAAGAUGUGCGAGUUCUAUAUAAAAUGAAUGUGUUAGUAACAUCCAUCUGCUGAUCAAGUAGGCAUUGGAUCUGGUACUAGAAAGUGAAAUUGAUUGUAGCUAUCAAAGCAUUUUAUCAAUGUAAGUCAAGAAAAAAGAAGAAAACUGUGAACCUCUGAUAUUUUUAACAUAAGAACUGUUCCCAAUGAGUAUUCUCUUGCUGAUUUUGUGUUAAUGUUAUCAUCUUUGAUUUUUAAGCUAAUGCUAAUAUAAAAUCUAAAAUUUCAACAUGAUGACAACAGUUCCUGUAGCCCAGUUUUACCAUUGGGACGUUUUUGAAAACAGAUGUCUUCUUAGAAAUUGUAUUUUUAAGUGCAAAUAAAUCAUCCCGACUUGAAAGUCAACACAUUUUAUUUUUCAUUUCGUAGUAGUACAGAAUACGCUGCAUUUAGAUACAGGUUUAAUUUGCCAGAUUUCCUCAGAAUUCUAUAUUUUCAUAUUGCUACAACUGGUUUACUUAACAUGCAAUGGAAUUGUUAUUUAAAUAAAUUACGCUUGAUGGAAUUGCA